CGCCAAGCCCUUGCGGAUGUCUCGUAUGGCGCAUCUCGCUUAUGUACCAGUGUAAAUUAAACGCGUUUUUUCAGUGAUUUUCUUUGAGCUUUUCAACGAAAAUGGGUCAAUCGGACGACGUGGAGGAUUCUACUUACAGUAGACACCAAGAUUUGUGUCAGAAAUUGAAUAUGGAUGCAACUGCUGCGUCUGAAGCUUGGAAAUCUUACGAAAUUAUUCGUCAAAAUUAUACUCUUGAGGGUGAUCAGUUACAUUGGAUAGGAUGUGCGUUAUAUGUAGCUUGCCGUAAGUCUUCUAUACCAACUGUUGGGAAGACUGGUACUAAUGUGGAAGGCAAUUGCGUUUCAUUAACACGUUUGUUGCAAUUAUGUAAUCUGCCAUUGAUACAGUUUUUUACAAAAAGUAAAUCAUGGGCUGACAUGGCCAACAUGUCACAAGAUUUCCGCUCGAAGAUUGAAAAGCUCGAGGGAAACUUUGCAGUGUCAAUGGUUAUAUUCAAAAAGUAUCAGCCAAUUUUUACUGAUAUAUUCAAAGAUCCUGUAGAUGAUAUCUCAAGGCCACCAAGAUCUAGAAGACACAAAGCAAUGCCUUGCACACCUACAAGAGUUUUUGAAUUUUGUUGGACAUUGUUUAUUUGUAUAAAAGGAGCAUUUCCAGAUAUCUCUGAUGACUUGGUCAAUUCUUAUCACCUUCUCCUAGUGUGUUGUGAUCUUAUAUAUAGUAAUGCUUUAUUGGCUAAUAGAAAAGAUCUUUUAAAUCCCAAUUUUCCUGGUUUACCAUCAAACUUUAGUGAUGAAAAUUAUACUCCACCACAAACAGCAAAUUGCAUAGUUAGCUUGUUAUGUGAACGUCAUGAAGCUAUUGCUGUUGAAGCUAAAGUAAUUAAGGAAUAUUAUUUGAAGAAUCAUAUUAAUAAAUUAUUCAAUGAAAGAGUUCUUCGUGGUGAUCAGUCAAAUUUCUCCGGUAUUUUAGAAGCUUUAUAUUUUGAUGGUAAUAGCAAAGCUAUUAAUAGAAUUUAUGAGCAACAUGUACUAAGCGUUGGAGACUUUGAUGAAAGAAUUUUCUUAGCUGAUUGGAGGAGAGUGAGAUUAAAUGGAAUAUCAAGCUUGGAAAUUGUUGGAGGAGAUAUAGCUUAUCAUGCUAAAUUAUCUAAACAUAUUUUCAUGAGAGCAGAUACAACAUUUAGUUCCACCCACUCCAUUAACUGGACGUAGUUACCUUAGACCAAAAGAUAUUACCAAUGUGACACCAGUAUCCGCCGCAACACAAAGUGUAAUUCGGCUUCAAGCUAUGUUGGCAGGUCAAACAUCGCCGAGCGAGAAUUUAUUACAAAUUUUAAAUAGUUGUUCUCAAGAUGUAAAGACGCUCGUCGAGACGAAAGUCAAAGAGCUUGGAGAACAGUUUUGUGCCAACUAUAACAAAAGUAUAAACGCGAAUGAAGCUACGUCAGAUUUUGGAAAAAAGAGACUCUAUUUAGGCCAAACUCUUUUCUAUAGACUCUUAGAAAUGAUUUUGAAUGACGAGAAACGCAAAAAACCAAAUUACGAUGUUACGAAUCUUCUGAUGAAAGAAAUCUUUAUUCAAUGCUUAUUUGCUUGUUGCCUAGAGAUAGUAAUUUACUCGUACAAAAGUAAUGAUAAGAUCUUCCCUUGGAUUUUGAACGCUUUGAAUUUAGAUGCCUAUUAUUUCUAUAAAGUGAUAGAAAUUAUAGUUAGAGCGGAAGAACAAUUAUCCCGUGAUGUUGUAAAGCAUUUAAAUCAAAUAGAGGAAAAGAUUCUGGAGUCACUUGCUUGGCGAAGUGAUAGUCCUUUGUGGGGUGCCAUUCAAUCUACGCCAGAAGGUGUACCAAGCUGCGAAGAAGUUUCUUUACCCGGUAUGUUGGAAAUUGUUGAUCCGAAUAUUCCGGGACAGCCAGUAUUAAGAAGAAUCGCUUUGGACCGUGGUACUCAUUACGAUGUGCAACAAAGCCCUAUUUCUUCUGCCUCAGAAAGAUUUCAAUCCCCAGUUGCAGCAUGUGGUGUAGCUAAAAAACGUUUAUUCCCUGAUGCUAGGAUUUGUGGACAGAGCGUUUUACGUGUAACAGGUCAAAGCAUUUUACCAUCGAAAGUUCUAACCAUCGACAGCAAUUCGAGAAUACUUCUUUUACCUGAAGUUCCAAGAUCAAUUAGUGCACAGUCUACAACUACGUCGAUGCAAACGAUAGUUAAUAGAGAGUCAACAAAACCAAAACGAACUGGUUCCGUCGCUCUAUUUUUCCGAAAAUUCUAUAAUUUAGCUAGCGUACGCAUGCUAGAUUUAUGCGGAUCAUUAGAAAUAAUGGACACCGAUUUAAAGAAAAAAAUAUGGACGAUCUUUGAAUACUCCAUCAAAGAACGAACAGAAUUGAUGAAGGAUCGCCACUUGGAUCAAAUUUUAAUGUGUGCAAUUUACGUGAUAUGUAAAUUGGCAAAAAUGGAGAAAAAUUCAUUCACUGAAAUUAUGCGAUGUUACCGGUUACAACCGCAGGCAGAGUCUCACAUAUAUAGAUCAGUACUUAUAGUCAAGACACCAUCUGGGGAAUCACAGAAAAAUAACGAAGAAGUCGGAGAGAAAAAUGUAUCUGACAAAGAAACUAAUGUGGCACCGCCUACACCCACAAACAUGGCUGGAACUUCGCAAAAUUUUGGCGAAGAAACACGCGGUGAUUUAAUUAAAUUCUACAAUACAGUAUACGUGCCACAGGUGAAAGAAGUGGCGAAUAAAUUGGGGUUGACACGCGGCAGUGUAAUGAAUUUAUCAUUAAGUCCACUACCAAAAGGGAAACCUCCCGCAAGUUCACCGGUGAGACGUGUCACCAAUAGCAUUAUGACACGUACAUUAGAUCCAAAAGCUAUUUCAGCUUCUCCAGCACCACAACUUAGUUACUGUUUUAGUCGUAGUCCUGCUAAGGAUUUAGAGGCUAUUAACAAAAUGAUGAUUUCUGUUGAUCCGAAGAGAUCUGUCGGCAAGCGACUUUUAUCGGAUGAUACCGACGUGGAGAUGUCAGAAGGAACAUCUCCGAUCAAGAAAACAACUGCAUUUGUCGCGCGUAAACUAGAAAACAUAAUUGGCGAACGACGUACGCAAAAUCAAUAAAUGAAUAUAACAAUUUAAAUAACUUAUUGGAACAUAUGGGUAAAGAAAGGAAAACAUUUUUUUUCUUUUUGAGAUGUUUUCGUUUCCAUUGAAUAAAAAAAAAAACAGAAUUAAUUAAUUAAUCAAAACCGAGGUCGAAUUUUUGUUUCGUGGCUGUGUGGUUUAAAAUAAAUGAAAUGUUCUCAGGUAUGAUCAUAAACAGAAAAAAAAGGCCGUAUAAUACCUGAUCGUACAUAAGAAUACGACAAUCUUAUAUUAAGUAAAGCCAGAGUUAUACUUCCAGUGGUCUUUCUUUUUUAUUAUUUCAAUGAAUUCAAUUGAAACAAACAUGUUUUAAACGUUGUUUUAAAGGAAACAAUUUCACAAUGUAAAAAGGAUAAUUUGGGCAUUUUCUUAGCUCUUUUUAAUUUUAGUUCAAUUUUAAACAUUCUAUAAUAUAUUAUAUUUUCGUUAUGUAAGUAUUCUAUUAUUACAAUAUCAUUGUUAAUAGAGAAAAUAUGGAAAAUAUAUUACCCAUCUAUCGAUUGAUUAUUAUAAAUGAAUUGUUCGAUUCUCGUAUUACACUGGAAAUGAUUCUGACUUUUAUGAAUAUCAUUGAUCAGUGAUAUUUUAAUAAAAUUACAUAGUAUCUUUAAAAUUAUAUACAGGGUAAGCCAAUAGUUAUGUUCAUCUCAAAUGUCUCUAUUGUUUUUGGAUAUAUAAAAAAAUUUUAUUGAGUAAAAACAAAGGUCAUAAUAUGGCAGUAAUGAUUUUUUUGUAGGUAAAGGAGUUU